ACAGUAUGUUUCGUUCGCCCGCGGUGGACAGACGUUUUUCAUGUGUUAUCGGAUUCGACUUUAAAGAAAAAAUCGUGAUAUUGAAUUUUUAAAUAACGAGUGUCUAUUUAUACACAUGUGCCUUAGUUUUAGAAUAAGACAUUUGGUGCAUUUUUUGUCGUAGACAAGUCAUAUUAUUGUGUGAAUGUUGAAGUUGUUUUGCAGAUUUUAGCGUCUUUGGGUUGUCUGGUCUGCUGGUGCAUAAUGAAAGCGAAGUGUUCAGUUGAAGCGCAGAAUGCCGAUCGCGCCGCGCGGCCCUCCGCCCGUGUCCACGCCGCCUUACCACCAGCCGCUCCGUAGAAGACCUAGCUUAGAUCUCAAGUGUCCUUCUAUAGUCUAAAGUUUUAUACUCCUCUUUUAUACCGAUCCGUUGUUUUAAGUACGCACAGUGCUAGUGUUAAGUAUCGCGCGCGCGUGAGUGUAUGUGUGUCGAUGGUUCGGCCGACAUGGGAAAAUCCUCGGCGCGAACACAUGGCCAAGACAAUGAACGGAGAAUCAAAGCUAACAACAGGGAGUACAACGCGCAGUUUCGCUACGCUAACAACUACAUCAAAACAUCGAAGUACUCCAUCGUGACAUUCCUGCCGCUGAAUCUGCUCGAGCAGUUCCAGCGGCUGGCAAAUUUCUACUUCCUGUGUUUGUUGGUGCUGCAGCUAAUCCCGGCCAUCUCGUCGCUCACGCCCAUCACCACCGCCAUCCCGCUCAUAGGCGUGCUGUCGCUCACUGCCAUCAAGGACGCGUACGACGACUUUCAACGACACCAGAACGACUCGCAAGUGAACCACCGUCGCGCGAAGACCCUGCGCAAUGGCAAGCUGGUGGAGGAGAAGUGGGCGUCGGUGCAGGUCGGUGACGUCAUCCGGCUGGAGAACGACCAGUUCGUGGCCGCGGAUAUCUUGCUGCUCAGCAGCUCAGAGCCCAACGGCUUGUGUUACAUCGAGACUGCGGAGUUGGACGGGGAGACGAAUUUGAAAUGUCGUCAGUGCCUUCCCGAGACGGCCGCCAUGGCUCAGGACGACGCACAACUGGGCGCCUUCGACGGCGAAAUCGUCUGCGAGACGCCCAACAACCUACUUAAUAAGUUUGAAGGGACGUUGAGCUGGCGCGAGCAGCAUUUCUCGCUGGAUAACGACAAGAUUCUGCUGCGCGGCUGCGUGUUGCGCAACACCUCGUGGUGUUACGGCGUGGUGGUGUUCGCUGGGAAGGACACCAAGCUGAUGCAGAACUCCGGCAAGACCAAGUUCAAACGCACCAGCAUAGAUAGGCUACUUAAUUUUCUUAUUAUAGGGAUAGUUUUCUUCCUCCUGUCAAUGUGCGUAUUCUGCACGGUGGCGUGCGGCAUAUGGGAGUGGCUGGUGGGGCGGUACUUCACCGCGUACCUGCCGUGGGACACGCUGGUGCCCAGCAGCGACCCCACCAUGGGUGCCGUGGUCAUCGCCUUCCUCGUCUUCUUCUCCUACGCCAUCGUCAUGAACACUGUCGUGCCUAUAUCGCUCUAUGUGUCUGUUGAGGUAAUAAGAUUCGCACAGAGUUUCUUAAUAAAUUGGGAUGAGAAGAUGUAUUACGAUAAAACUGGUACUGCGGCGAAGGCGCGGACAACAACGUUGAACGAGGAACUUGGGCAAAUUCAGUACAUAUUCUCAGAUAAAACGGGUACUCUGACACAAAACAUAAUGACGUUCAACAAGUGCUCGAUUGCGGGCAUAUGUUACGGCGACGUCGUGGACGAAGUCACGGGCGAGACCAUCGAACUCACAGAGGCGCGCGGCUCGCGCGGAGCGGCGCGGCGGAGCGCGGCCCGCGCGCGGCUGCUCGACGCCGAGCACGAGCAGGGCCGCAGCACGCCCGGGGCGCGCAAACCCACGAACGGAGCGCAUAACACAGAGCCUCUGGAUUUCUCCUUCAACCCGGAGUACGAGCCUGAGUUCAAGUUCUUCGACUCGACUCUCCUGGAAGCGGUGAAGAGGGGGGAUCCGGAAGUGCAUGAUUUUUUUCGUCUCCUCGCGCUUUGCCACACUGUCAUGCCGGAACAGAAGAACGGGCGGUUAGAAUACCAGGCGCAGUCUCCCGACGAGGCGGCGCUGGUAUCGGCCGCCAGGAAUUUUGGUUUUGUGUUCAGAGAACGCUCGCCUAAUAGUAUUACAAUAGAAGUUAUGGGGAAUACAGAGGAGUAUGAUUUGUUAUGUAUAUUAGAUUUUAAUAAUGUUAGAAAAAGAAUGUCCGUGAUAUUGAGGAAGGAUGGUGAAAUUAGGUUAUAUACAAAAGGUGCUGAUAAUGUAAUAUACGAGAGAUUAAAAUCAAAUCAAGCAGAAGUUAAGACGAGAACACAGGAGCAUUUAAAUAAAUUCGCGGGCGAAGGCCUGCGCACACUAGCGCUCGCGUGGCGGCCGCUGGAGGAGCGCGGCUUCGCGGAGUGGAAGCGGCGCCACCAGGCGGCGGCGCUGGCGCUGCACGACCGCGACGAGCAACUUGACGCCAUCUACGAGGAGAUCGAGACUGACCUCAUGUUGAUGGGUGUCACUGCUAUAGAAGACAAAUUACAAGACGGUGUACCAGAAACGAUAUCGAAUCUCAGUAUGGCAGGAAUCAAAGUCUGGGUACUUACUGGAGACAAACAAGAGACUGCAAUAAACAUCGGGUACUCGUGCCAGCUGUUGACGGACGAGAUGGCUGAAGUGUUCGUCAUUGACGGACUGCUUUACGAUGACGUGGAGCGGCAGUUGGCCAAAUGCCGGGACUCCAUCCGGGUCGUCAACACCUUUCUGCCGCACGAUACAAGGGGCGUUAUCCUGAACAGUGGCAGUAACCGGUGUGUGUAUGUGUCAGGUGCGGACAAGACCGGCCCGGAGGCGAACGGCGACAGCCGUCCGUCGCCGGUGCGCGCCAACGUCAAACUGAACGCGCCCGCCGUCUCCGUCGUCACUUUUAGGUGGGGACAUAACACAAUACCACACGACAGCAACGAGUACGUGUCAGGCGGUGGGCCGUACGCUGAGUCGCACGAGCCCACCAACGACGACACCAAUGGGUUUGCGAUCGUCAUCAACGGACACUCGCUCGUACACUGCCUGCAUCCCAAACUUGAAGACAGGUUUCUAGAGGUAGUGCUGCAGUGCCGCUCGGUGAUCUGCUGCCGCGUGACGCCGCUGCAGAAGGCGAUGGUGGUGGAGCUCAUCAAGAAGAGCCGCAAGGCCGUCACGCUCGCCAUCGGCGACGGCGCCAACGACGUCUCCAUGAUUAAAGCGGCGCACAUCGGCGUCGGGAUCUCGGGGCAGGAAGGCAUGCAAGCGGUGCUGGCGUCGGACUACUCCAUAGCGCAGUUCCGCUUCCUGCAGCGCCUGCUGCUGGUGCACGGCCGCUGGUCCUACUACCGCAUGUGCAAGUUCCUGCGGUACUUCUUCUAUAAGAACUUCGCGUUCACCGUCUGCCAUUUCUGGUUCGCGUUCUUCUGCGGAUUUAGUGCGCAGACGGUGUUCGACGAGAUGUUCAUAUCGGUGUACAACCUGUUCUACACGUCGCUGCCGGUGCUGGCGCUGGGCGUGUUCGAGCAGGACGUGGCGGACAGCACGGCGCUGCAGUUCCCCAAGCUGUACGCGCCCGGCCACACCAGCCAGCUCUUCAACAAGGCCGAGUUCAUCAAGUCCACGCUGCACGGCUGCUUCACGUCGCUCGUGCUGUUCCUCAUCCCUUACGGUACUUACAAAGAUGGAUUGGCGCCGGAUGGCAAGGUCUUAUCGGACCACAUGUUAUUAGGAAGCGUCGUAGCUACUAUUUUAAUCAUAGAUAACACGACACAGAUCGCGCUGGACACGACGUACUGGACGGUGUUCAAUCACAUCACGAUCUGGGGCUCGCUGGUGUCGUACUUCGUGUUGGACUACUUCUACAACUACGUGAUCGGCGGGCCGUACGUAGGGUCGCUCACGGUCGCACUCACGCAGCCCACCUUCUGGUUCACUGCAGUUUUAACUAUGAUAAUCCUGAUGGUGCCGGUGGUGUCGUGGCGGCUGGCGUGGUCGUGGACGCGGCCGACGCUGGGCGAGCGUCUGCGCGCGCGCCAGCGUCGCCGCGCGCCGGCCGCGGCCCCGCGCACGCCCUCCGCGCGCCGCGCGCGCCGCUCCGUGCGCUCGGGCUACGCCUUCGCGCACCAGGAGGGCUUCGGCCGCCUCAUCACGUCCGGCAAGAUCAUGCGCCGCAUCCCGCACGCCGACGCGGCGCUGUCGGCGCUGGCGGCGCUGCCGGGCAAGUUCCACGCGCGCCCGCCCUCGCCGCCGCCGCCCUCGCCGCCGGAGCCGCCGCCCCACGCCCCGCUCGACGCCCCGCGCGCGCCCACGCAGAACCUCGCCACGGUCGACUUAUGAGCCGCGGCUCGCAUUGUGAUAACGUUGAUAGAUUUAAAGAUUCGUAUUAUAUUAUUGCCUAUAUUAAAUUAUAUUUGUUGAUCGAAAUAUAUAUUGAUAGAUAUUUAUUACGAUACGUACUAAGAUUACUCUUUUGUAUUGGAGGAGCGUAGCUAGUUUUCGUAAUGUUCCUUUCCGUGUGUAGACGUGCAUAGUUUCGUUGCCGUCGACUCGCGCGCGUCGCGAGGACGCGAACAUUUUUAAAAGUGAAUAGAAUUUCUACUGAACCCUUAAUGUAUAAAUAGUUAGAUUUUUAUUGUUUCCUCAUACUGUUACAUUCGUCGGUUGGCGGCGUCCGCGGCGGGCGGCUCACUUGUACUUAGUUCGUCCUUACGACCCCGCGAGGUCACUUUAUAUUUUCACUUCUUAUUGUAGCUACCUGCCCGCCCUCCGCCUCAGUCGACCGGCUCUAUUUGUUGAGCUUUAAGUAUUAAGUUUUACUUGCUUUUUUUUACUUAUUUUCAGUGUCUGAGAUCAUAGUAAGUUGUCAACUUAAACCAAAUAAAUUGAAACCACGAACAGUCAAUAUAUUUUAUGAAUUAUGAAAGAUACAUUGUUAACUAUAUGAUACAAUCCGAAAUAAAACUGCUGAUUGAAACAUUUCCUAAUGUAAGUAUUUUUUUAAUGUUCUUUCAUAUUUUUAUAUGUAUUUUCUGAUUUACUUGAAUAUAAUCAUUUAAUUCGUCAAUUUUACUACAUGUAGUAGCUUUUGUUACCUAAACUAUUUGUAAGUACUUUUCACUCUCUAUUGUGAUUAGUGCCAAAGUUACCAACAUUAUGUUAUUACGUCACCUUCUAACCAUCAUACAAAAUAAAGAUGGUUUGUUCGCACAUAAUUAAUAUAAAAUGUUGACUGUCCGUGCAUGAAAUCAAUGUUAUAUAUUUGCUUUGGAUUAUUUUUUUUUAAUAAAAAUGUAAUUCUUAUAAAAAU